AUGAGCACAACAACUACCGUCCAGCAAGAUCAGCAGGAGACGUUGGGCAUGGCCGUCCCACCCUUCACCGCCCACGCCAUCUCAGUAUCCCUUCCCACAUGGAGAGACAAUGUGGGGUAUGAAGAAGGAGAGAAGAGGGUGGUGAACGCCAUGGUGAACGGCUAUCCGCGGUUCUUCAUCCAUCUCAGCAUCCAAAAAUUAGCUGGAAUCUGCGAGCAAAAGUUCGGGGUGCAGGAAGAGAAGUGCCUUCUUUGUCCCACUCACCGCACCGCCGAACAGUGCCGCACCUUCAUCAUCGACCGGACAACAAAAGAUGGCUCCCCUGCACCAGUACGGCUGGUCCAAUUUGCCAUGCUUUCCGACGACGAACAGUCAUCAACACCAUCCAUCGAGCUGCAUAUCGUCCUCUUCCCCGGAGAUUUCUUCCCAUACGCGAAACAGUUCUGGCAGCACACUGGUCUCGGCAUUUCCUCCCGAGUCGCAGACCGCUGUCUGUCGCUCCUCCAUGCAGACUCUUCCUCCCCCAGCUCUCCUGUUCUAUCAUCACCCACGGUCCGCGCACCAGUCAAGCCGGGGAACAGGCACUACGCUUCCAAAAGCUACGGGAGAUCGCCCCCUGCCUCGCCGAGUGUCGCCCAGGCCUCUGUUCUUUCGAUUACCGACGCUUCCUCUGAACUGUUCAGCAAAGACCACGACAACUACUUGGAGGAGCGCUAUGGCCGCAACAUGCCUCUCGAGUCCGCCGCCGCGGCCAAGCGCGCUAUGCGUCGACGUAUCGCCGGUGUAUUGGUGCGCGACGCUCCAAACGACUGGCACACCGCAGGCGGAAACGACGCGGAGCUGGGUCCGAGUACCCGUGGAGUUGAAGGCGUGACGGAGGACGACGUUUUCCUGUACCCUACUGGCAUGUCGGCGAUCUGGAGUGCCCAUCAGCUCGCAUUGGCAGUGCGGCCCACGGCAAAGAGCAUAUGCUUCGGCUUCCCGUAUACGGACACUCUCAAGAUCCUCGAGAAGUGGGGGCCCGGCUGCCACUUCUUUGGGAACGGCCUCGACGAAGACAUCGAUCCCCUUGAAGCAACGCUGCAGCGUGAGCUUGAGGCAAACCCGUCAAGUCCUCCUGCUCUCGCGCUCUUCACCGAGUUCCCUUCGAAUCCGCUCCUGCGCUGUGCGGAUCUGGCGCGACUACGCAGACUUGCAGACAAAUAUGACUUCCUGAUCGUCGUGGACGAGACGAUCGGAAACUUUGUCAACGUCGAGGUCCUCCCGUACGCCGACAUGGUUGUCAGCAGCCUCAGCAAGAUCUUCUCCGGGGACGCGAACGUCAUGGGCGGCAGCUUGGUCCUGAACCCACAAGGACGGCACUACGCCGCGCUGAAGGCGCACAUGGACUCCGCCUACGAAGACGCGUACUUCGCCGAGGACGCAAUCUACAUGGAGCGCAACUCGCGCGACUUCCGCCGGCGCGUCGCCGCGAUCGACGCGAACACGCUCGCCGUCUGCGAGUUCCUCCGCGCGCGCUCGCUCGUCGCCCCGGUGCCCCCGCCGAACGCGGCCGUCAAGUUCGUGCACUAUCCGAAGUGGGAGUCCGCGGCGAACUACGAGCGGCGGCGGCUCCCCGGCGGCGGCUACGGUGGCCUGUUCUCCCUCACGUUCGCGUCCACCGCGGCAUCGCGCGCGUUCUUCGACGCGAUGCCGUGCUUGAAGGGCCCGAGCCUGGGCACGAACUUCACGCUCGCGUGCCCGUACACGAUCCUCGCGCACUACCUCGAGCUCGACUGGGCCGCGAGCUGGGGCGUCGACGAGGGGCUGGUGCGGGUGAGCGUGGGGCUGGAGGACCGGGGGAGGCUGCUGGAAGGAAUGGAGGUAGCGCUGAAGGCGGCAGAAGCGGCGGUCGAGCAGGAGGCGCAAUCGUAA